AAACAUAUCAAAUAACCACGAUUAUUAUCAGCAGAAUUAAAACAUAACAACACCAGACAACACACUCCAUUUAUGCACACACACAGCAUGCACGUGACUUUGCCCCGAGUCCGUGGAGUCACGUGCGUCUCGAUGAGGACUUGUUGAGAAGGAGAGGGCGCUGAGAAGAUGUCUGCUGCUGGAGGAGGCUCAGCAGCAGCAGCAGCCUCCUCAUCUCAUCCAUCCUCCCUCAGCACAUACACGAGUCAACAUGGCCGCGGAGCAGCUCGCCCUGCAGCACUGAGACACGGACCACAACAACACACAGAUUAAAUGGCGUUCAUGUCCCGGUUCUCCCGGUCCCGGAGCAGCUCCAGGUCUCCGAACCGAAAGGACUCCGAGCGUGUCUCCCCGACGCUGACGGUGUCCGAGCUGGAGCGGCUCCUGUGCACGGGCAAGACCGCCUGCAACCACGCGGACGAAGUGUGGCCGCGGCUCUACAUCGGCGAUCAAGACAUCGCGUCAGACCGCCGUGAAUUGUCCAAACUGGGCAUCACUCACAUCCUCAACUGUGCACAGAGUAAGUGGCGCGGUGGAGCCGAGUACUACGCCGGGAUGGACGUCACCUAUCACGGCAUCGAGGCUCACGACUCGCCGACCUUUGACAUGAGCGUCAACUUCUAUCCGGCUGCUGAGUUCAUCCACAAAGCCCUCACGAGUGGAGGUAAGGUGCUGGUCCACUGCACUGUGGGAGUGAGCCGCUCGGCCACGCUGGUCCUGGCCUACCUGAUGAUCCGACAGAACCUGACGCUGGUGGAGGCCAUCAAAACCGUGAAGGACCACCGAGGUGUCAUCCCCAACCGGGGCUUCCUCCGCCAGCUCAACGGCCUGGACGGCAUCCUGAGAGAGAGCCGUAAGGCGUCGCCGCAGAGCUGAAAACCCGCUCAACACACACACACACACACACACUGAGGUAGCAGCUAGUCGGGUUAAACUGGGAGAGGUAAUGGGACCAGGUUAGGAGCAACUGGUGGGUUUCUGACACUGUGGCUUUGAGUGGCAGCAGGGUUUGACUGAUAACUGAUAUCUGAUAUCAGAUAUUCUUCGGAAUCAAUGAAUUUAUUUAUUUAUUUAUCUAUUUAUUUAGUUAUCUAUUUGUUUAUUUAUUAUUUAAUUUUUUAUUUCGUUUUUUUAUAUAUUUAUAUUAUGUUGUUGUUUAUUUGUGUUUGAGCUUCUGAAACAAUGUGAGCGCUGGAGUGGAACUCUCCAGUAAUAUCCUUUCAGAUAUGACACACGUUUAAUGUCAGUUAAGAGUCAGGUUUAUUGAUUACAUGCAACCUGUGACGACGCAGGCGAUAAGUUGGCUGUAAAAGGUCACACAUGCUAAACUCGUCUCUUCUUAUGCGAGAGUGAAGUGUUUUUUAAUCAAACUUCAGACCAUUCCACUUGGACCUGAUGUUUCACUGCCACUGAACCAACAGAGAAGAACAGAAAGGAACAGAAUCCUCGGCAGCUAAAACACUGCAGAGACCCUCAACGUGGCGUCUCAUCUCUGGUGCAUCUUUUCUUACUGCAGGACAUUUCAAACAAAUGUCUCGAGCGCUCUUUUAAAGAUCUUUAAACGAGAUAAAAUAUCCUGGAAGAAGAUGAAAUAAUAUAUAUUUUCAAAAUCCUGCAAACUGUCUGUCACUUGAACUCAAUUUAUUAAAGUUGCUACAAGGAACUUUCUUUUCCAGGUUGAUUCUGGCGCCCCCUGUGGACUAAAGCGGUGGUGUUUCUCAUGAGCACCAGACUCCCUUUAGAAAACCUCUCAUUCUA